AUGAAAUCAUUGAGUAGUAUGUCUUUUGAAUCGGCAGCCAAAGGAAGAAAAUAUAUUAACUAUGAUCUAGCCGAUGAAGUGUUAAAAUCAUAUCAAAUGCACAUUCUUCCCGAUCACAACCUAAUAUACAAUAAUGUUGAUGUUAUGGAAUUUGCACGCUCAAUCAUGGAAACUACGAACAAAAUCCAGAUAUCAAAAAAUCCUUUAUCCAUUGGUGUUAUUGAUAUUCACAAUGUCGAAUGUCUUAAAUAUUUGCCUCAAGGGUUCAAGAAAUAUAUAGCAGAUCAAGUGCAAAAUACUGAUGAUUCUAUAUAUUUUUCAGAGGGGAAAUUUAUCAAUAAAUUUUUACUGGAUUGUGAAGAGGGAGUUUUAAAAUAUCUAGAAAAGUUUGAUAACAUUGAUAAUUUGAAGUCAUUAGAAGAACGUUUAGAUAAAAAUAGAAUCAAUCAUUCAACCUCGUCAAAUGAUCUCAUUUAUGUCGAAAACCUUUUCCUCCAUUUCUUACUUCUGUACAAAAAUGACGUACUUACACAAUCACUAACGGAAACUGAAUUCAAUGCGUAUAUCUGGACCCCGAUGCUAAGAAACGCUUUCCUUGGAAAGUCCGAUUUGAGGUUGAAAUGUGGAGAAGUGGCGUCCAGAUCAUACAAUAAACUUAAAGAAAUUUUAAAUGUUGUUACUCGUGGUGGCCCCAGAUUAGACGGAAAAGGAUUCCUCAAGUCAUUAGGUACGGAAAUUCUAGCGCAGGAAGACGGAGCAAUAAGUACACAUGGUAAAAGGACAGGAGACCUGCAGAAAUUAGAGUACUGCUCUAAAGUCAUUAUUACAGCAUUAUUCUUUGCAUUACCUUCUCACGUGAAAGAUAGAAUUAAAGAUCUCGAAGUUUAUAGUUUACAAUCAAAUGAAUUUCAACUCAAAAUAUCAACAUCCAAAUUUCUCUUCGAGGAUACAGUUGUUACUAUGGGACUUGCACGUGUUGAAAUUCCAAGAACUGUGGAAUGUUUUUCGAAGUUAGUAGUUGGUGUUAAAGCAAUAUUGUCCUGGAAAGCACGUACAAGAAAAAAUACGAUGUUGUUUUAUGAUAUAUUAAGAGAAGGCCAUAGGCGAUUGUCUGACAAUGGGGUCCAUUUUUCACCAAUAAAAGUACCCGUAUAG